AUGGUUGGAGUCCUUGGAACAUACAUCGUUUAUGUGUGUGAAGCUUCUUCUCUCGAUGUCCUGAUGAGAGGUAUCCUUGGAGGUUCUCUGUACGUCUUUUGGGGGCUUUUCACAUUCAUGCCGCUUCUUCUCUUGGACAGAACCAGAAGAAAAGAUGCCAUGGUAUUUGGCUACAUUCUUCUCACAUUGGCAUACGCUGCGAUCUUUGCAAUAAACCAUUGGGCGCUGGAAGUCACAGAGAUUGCCAAUAUCUUCAAUUGGAGCUUGCAAGGAAUUCACGCUUCGACCGCGCUUGCACUUUUUGCUUUCAUUCUCUCAGUCUAUUCCGGGUGUCUUGUUUCUGUCAGUUGGUUAUACACGAGCGAGAUCUUUCCGGCUACCAUGAGAGCCAAAGGGUAUUCCAUGGCGAUGAUAAUUUCCAGUCUUGCUAGUGCCAUCAUAAACGUGAUUUUUCCUACUUUAGUGGGACUAACACUGUACUGGUUAUUCUUGGGUCUUGCAAUUGUCUGUGCGAUUUCUGUGGUUAUUUUGGCACAAUUGCCGGAGACAAAGCAGCUCUCGAACAGCGAUGUUGAACUUCUUUUUCAGAGUGCAAUUCCAGAUAGUGAGACCUUGGGGUAUAUUGAAAAGAAGCAUAUCCAAUUGGCUGCGAAAACUUCGUUAUCUGAAUCCUCAUCCAACAGGACAGAUUUAGUUCCCAAUGGAAAUCAAUUCAUAACUCCAGUGCCCUCACAAGCACCAAUUGUAUUACCUGCUUCUGAAAGGAUAAUUUCAGGAGAAACUGGAGGUGAAACAUCGUCGUUUUUAUCAACGGAUUGGAUCCAAAGCCGUCAUUUGAGCAGUACAUCUGCCAACCAGCAAGCGAUUUCAACCCUGCUGCUUAAAAGUAGAUUCAUUCCAGCCUCGUAUACUGGGUACGAAGCUGAUUCUGCUGCAACAAUUCUGCUCCACAGAGGAAUACUUCCAACUACUGAACCAGUUGCUCCUAGACAGACCCGAACAAAUCCAUUCUCCAAUGUAGUAGUUUAG